AUCAAGAUGGCGACGUCGACCAGGAAGUAGGUAAACAACCUUAAGAGGAUAGAAAAAUAUGGAUUAAACCCCUCCAAUCCGUCUUUUCUGAUCCAGAAACGCCCAGAUUGAGUGGUCGUUAGUGCUCGUGGAGGGGUUUCGUGGACAGGGGGGGUAAAUUAACGCGCGAGAUGGCUGGAGAAUGACAGGGCUCUGACAUGUGACCAUGUGUCUGCUCGGAGACUGAUGCCCACUCCUGCCGCGUCUGUUGUGAUGGAAACGGAGGACUUGGUGCCCCCCGAGGGCCCUCAGCUGGGGAGCCUGGAGUUCAGCGCUCCCAGUCCUCCUCUCACAAGUUCCAUGGAGAGUCAGCUGUGUCCGUCGAACUCAUGGAUGUACCCACAGCAAAUUCAGUACAACCAGCACUAUCCUAUGCAAUCUGGCAGGCAGCUCCAGCUGAACCCGUCCUCGGGUCUGGACCUGUCUGACAUCGACUUUCACGACCUUGUCCAGAACGGAGACUUCUCCCAGGAUCUGUGCAUAGACGAGCUGUCCAACACAUCGCUGUUCUCCUCGGCAUCUGAUUCUCUGUCGGAGUAUCCAGUCCCUUCAGGGUUUGGCAGUGAUAUCCUGUCACAGAGACCCGCCGAGGGCCCUGUGCCACAGAUGUACUGGGAAAUACCUGGACACAGUCAGAGACAGCAGAACCUGAGCGCGUUUAAUGGGAGGUUUGAUGACUUCAGUGCUAUCCUGCCUGCGUCAGUCACAGGAUUUAAGCCUGCUGCUCCUCCGCCGCCUCCGGAGGAAGAGGAGGAGGCAGAUGAUGAAGAGACGGAGGAUUUGGGGCAUGCGGACACAUACGCAGAGUACAAGCCAUCCAAAUCUACUAUAGGAAUCUCUCACCCUGACAUCGUGGUGGAGACCAACACACUGUCCAGCGUUCCUCCUCCUGACAUCACCUACACACUGUCCAUUCCCGACAGCACCAUCAGCUCCGGCCGGCUGUCCGCUCUGCAGCUGGAGGCCAUCAUCUACGCCUGCCAGCAACACGAGGUGAUUCUUCGUAACGGUCAGCGGGCAGGGUUUCUGAUCGGAGACGGAGCUGGCGUCGGAAAGGGCCGCACUGUGGCCGGAAUCAUACUAGAGAGCUUUUUAAAGGGACGGAAGAGAGCACUAUGGUUCAGUGUGUCAAAUGACCUGAAGUACGAUGCUGAGAGAGAUCUCCGAGACAUAGACGCUCCCAACAUCCCUGUGUUUGCUUUAAAUAAGAUUAAAUACGGAGAUAUGGCUACCUCGGAGGGCAUUUUAUUCGCCACAUACUCGGCUCUGAUUGGAGAGAGCCAGGCCGGAGGUCAGCACCGCACCAGACUCAAACAGAUCCUGGACUGGUGCAAACCAAACUUUGAUGGGGUCAUUGUGUUUGACGAGUGUCAUAAGGCUAAAAAUGCGACCUCUACCAAGAUGGGUAAAGCUGUGCUGGACUUGCAGACUAAACUGCCCCGAGCGAGAGUGGUGUACGCUAGUGCCACAGGUGCUUCUGAGCCAAAGAAUAUGAUCUACAUGAGCCGACUGGGGAUCUGGGGGCAAGGAACGCCGUUCAGGACCUUUGAAGACUUCCUGCAUGCUAUUGAGAAGAGGGGGGUCGGCGCGAUGGAGAUUGUGGCCAUGGAUAUGAAAGUGAGUGGCAUGUACAUCGCACGCCAGCUGAGCUUUUCCGGCGUGUCGUUCCGUAUAGAAGAGAUCACGCUGGACCAAGAGUUCAAACUGGUCUACAAUAAAGCUGCUAGACUGUGGGCCGAGGCUCUCGUGCUGUUCACUGCAGCUGCGGAGACGUUGGGUCUGGUGUCCCGUAAGUCUCUGUGGGGUCAGUUCUGGGCGUCACACCAGAGGUUUUUUAAGUAUCUGUGCAUCGCCGCUAAAGUCCGUCGUCUGGUUGAAAUCGCUCAUACUGAGAUGCAGCACGGCAAGUGCAUCGUGAUUGGCCUGCAGUCCACAGGAGAGGCUCGUACUCGAGAGGUGCUGGACGAGAACGACGGACACCUGGACCGAUUCGUCUCCGCUGCUGAGGGUGUUUUCCAGUCAUUAGUUCAGAAACACUUCCCAACACAGAAACCUAAAAGAGAGAAAAGCGCCGCAAGCAAGAGGAAACGAAAACCCAGAAGCCGGCCUUUAAAAUUUCCAAAGCACUGUGUGGAAGUGGGCGGGGUUAUUAAAAUCAGCGACGACUCAGACUCCGACUCGGAGGAGAUUGACAGCUACUCAAACUCCUCCCCUGAAUCGCUGCAGGACAAUGACGAUGUGAUUUUCUUGAACCACAUCAACGGGCCGACCGCUAAACUAGAAGAACUCAAGCAGAGGAUGCUGGGAAAGAUAGCAGAGCUGGGGAAAGAGCUGCCGCUUAACACUCUUGAUGAGCUGAUCGACAGGUUCGGAGGACCAGAGAAGGUUUCUGAGAUGACGGGUCGUAAGGGGCGUGUGGUGCGGCGUCCUGAUGGCAGCGUUCGGUAUGAGACCAGAGCGGAGCAGGGCCUGACCAUCGACCACGUCAACAUCAGAGAGAAAGAGCGCUUCAUGACCGGAGAGAAGCUGAUAGCCAUCAUCUCUGAAGCAGCUAGCUCAGGCAUCUCUCUACAGGCGGAUAGACGUGUGCCGAACCAAAAGAGACGAGUUCACAUGACCCUAGAGCUGCCGUGGAGCGCAGACCGAGCCAUCCAGCAGUUCGGUCGAACGCAUCGCUCUAAUCAGGUUACAGCUCCAGAGUACAUCUUCCUCAUCUCUGAACUUGCUGGAGAGAGACGCUUCGCCUCCAUCGUUGCCAAGAGAUUGGAGAGCCUGGGGGCUCUGACACACGGCGACCGACGAGCCACUGAAUCCAGAGACCUGAGCCAGUACAACUUUGAGAACAAAUAUGGCACCAAAGCGUUGGAUAAGAUCACUAAAGCCAUCCUCAGGCAAAUCGACAACAAGGUCCCUCCACCGAAGGGCUACCCAGGAGGAGACAUCAUGUUCUUCAGAGAUAUGAAGCAAGGCAUGAUCGAUGUGGGAAUCUUCUGUAAGGAGCCGCGUCUAAGUCAGAAUACAGAGAGAGAUUGCUCCAUCACUAAGUUUCUGAACCGUAUUUUGGGUUUGGAGGUCCAUCAGCAGAACUCUCUGUUCCAGUACUUCACCGAUAACUUCGACUACCUGAUCAACAAGGAUAAAAAAGAGGGAAAAUAUGACAUGGGAAUAUUAGAUCUCGCUCCUGGUAAUGAUGAGAUUCACGAGGAAACACAGGAGAAGUUUCUAACUCCAGGAAACCCUCAGGAAGGCCAAGUCAUCCUCUAUAAGAUCAGUGUUGAUCGUGGGAUGCCCUGGGAAGAGGCCUGCAGUAAAGCAGAGAAGCUCACUGGAGAAUAUGAUGGUUUUUACCUCUCAAACAGGCUGCGUGGGAGUCAGCCGUGUGUCCUGCUCGCCGAACAGGGUCGAGGUCGGAAUCUCAUCCUUUAUAAGCCCAACAUCGGCAAACAGAUAAAUCCGGAGAACCAGGACAACCUGCUCCUGAGAUACUACAAGGUGACUCCUGAUGAAGCAAAGGAUUUCUGGAAGAGUCAGUUUGUCUUUUCUUUCACCAACUGCAUGCAUGCCAACUGGAAGGGUAAGUGUAAGCUGAUCGACGAGGGCCAGGAGUGUUUUCAGGGGAUGCGUCUCAGGCAGUAUCACAUGCUGUGUGGAGCGCUGCUGAGGGUCUGGAAACGAGUGUCUGACAUCGUCUCAGACAUCACCAACUCCAGCAUCCUGCAGAUCGUACGGCUCAAAACCAAACAGAACAGCAAGCAAGUCGGUAUCAAAAUCCCAGAGAACUGCGUCCUCCGCGUGCGCGAGGAGUUAUCUCAGAUGGACGAGAAGGCGAAGAAAGAGCGGCGGGAGAGAGAGAAGCGUAUACGCCAAGAGAUGCUGACCAAGAUGAUCAUCGCAAACCCUCCUCCCUCCCUUCACUACCCACAAUCCCUUCUGCCGCCAAAGAGCGAAGCCGUCAGCGAGGUCUUGGAUCUGACCAUCAGCCCCUGCCCAUCGCCGGACACCAAGACGCAUGUGCCAGACCUAAACGGCGUGUCCCUCCGUGGACGCAUGCUAGACGUGAGAGCACGCCCGGGCGCGGUUGUUCCCGAGACGUACAACCUGGAAGAUUUGAUCUCCCGGGAGCGGCAGAGACACAGACAGGUGGCGCUGCACCCGAACAUGCGCCUGUCGUCGCCGUCGCAAGCCCCUCAGCAGCACAUUCACACACUAAAGCAGAAUCAUUCGUCGUUUGGGAUGCUAACACAGCAGCAACAGCAACAGAGCGGUUCACGCACACAUUCGUCCGAGCAGUACAAAGCGCUUCUAUCGCAGCUGGAGCGAGGGCAAGACACGUCGCUCGUGCUGCGGCUUCUCACACAAAUGCAAUCGCCGCAAUCCUCGCACGCAAUGCUACACCAGAACACUCAACGCGUGAUGCACACCUCAAACGCACACUUGCUCGGCAUGCACCUGAAACAACAUCCCGGCGAACAUGCGCAGUCGCAAUCCCUUCCGUCGCAACCCCAAACCAUGCAAUCACAUGCCACUCAGCCAGCUACAGAAACAACGAACCGCGAGUUUGAUUUCGACGACUUGGAAUACGGUUACCCUUCGCCAGAUUCGCAACAUCAAUACCCGUUCACCUCUCAAGCGUUGACUCCGCCUCCUCCUGCUUACUCCUCCCUCUUGGCGUCAGCGCCGACAAACUCCUCCUCCCUCUCGGACUCUAGCUCCUCCUCCUCGCACUUCACCCCAUCGUCCUCUUCCUCUGAACAGACGCAUCCGUUACCAAACGGCCACAGCAGUAUGGACGCCCCCCCGGAGACCCUGAUCCACGGACCGCCCUCCGAUCACCGCCAGUCCGUCAUCCAGUUCAAAACAACAGACUAGGACGCCACCUAGAGGCUCAAACAUGAAGUUCAGUUCCCAAGUCAUUCUCAGUCCAUAAGCUAUGAGUUGCGUUCAGUUCGUUGACGAUCAAUGAAGACUUGAAAUCAAUUGGUGUUUGCCUUAUUUGAGGCAAUAGGGCUUAUCCAUCUGACAUUUCAUCACAGCACACAUUAGGUAAAAGAGAUGUUUAUUUAUUAAGAUAUCGGUGUAUACUGUUUCCUCUCCAAGGGAGUUUAUCUUUAUCGAAUGAAUGCCUUCUGUUAAAUCAGUGCCUUUAUCUCCUUCAGAUGCAGUUUUGUGUGCGUAUAUAUAAAUAUAUAUAUAUUUCUAGACAGAGUAGUGUUAUAUUAUUUAUUCCCUCUGGCGUCUGUUCUCCGUAGAGGAAAUGAUUCUUAAACUGCUGUUUGACUCCUAAACCCUGUGAAAUCCUCUUCUCUUUCUACAUUUCAAUAUCUUUCGUUGACGAUUCGGUGAUGUCGGCGCUCAUGAGCAGAUCGCGUUCUGCUGAAUACUCUCUCAGGUAUCAUAAAGACUCAUCACUGUCCACACAAACAAGUGUUUUAUAAACUAUAGUACACUGCGGAUUAAUCGCCGUGAGCUUUUGGGAGUCGAUUACUAAAUUAUGUAUUCGCAGACUUCGCUGUGAACGUGCGCUGGAGCUCACGCCGAGACGUCUUUCUUAGCAAUAAAAACCAAAACAGAUCAAAUACCGGCCCACGAACAACUGGCGAUUCUCUUUAUAUCAGUUCAGAAGGGAUAUUUUUGAAACUCGUUCGAAGAAUAUUAUAUUUCUUUAAAAGAUAGAAACGGAUUUGUUUGUUUGUUUAUUUGUAUGAGGUCAACGUUUUUUCCUUCUGUCUUGUAUUCUCGUGUAGUUUGAAGCAAAUGUAUUGGCGUCUUGCUGUAUUAUUCGUAUUAUUGUUAUUAAUAUUAUUAUUGUUGCUAUUUAUAUCCAAGGGACAUUAUUAGUAGAGGUAGACUUUAUGUAGAAGUUGAAACACUUUUCCAAUGCCUUGUCAGGGUUUGAUUUUGAUUUCUCCUGCUCCCAAAAACACAGAAUCUGCCCCUGAACUGCACUGCCCUACAUCUGCAUGUUACUUAUUCCUUGACUCGAAAUUAACGUUUUCUGUUUAGGUUCGGGGCGUCUAGAUUCCCAGCGCACCAAAGUUUUCUGUGCAGUUUUUGCAGGCUUCGUACAGUCGUGCUAAAUCUCAGGAAAAGUCGAGGGAAGGAACGCGCCAUCGUGUGAAACUGACUACUGUACUUUACACACCUGGCGAUCAUAUUCUAGACUUGAAGUAUAUGAGAGAAAAAAAAAUGCGAAUUUAGGAAUAACCCUCGAGUAUUACUACAAGUUCUCUGCUUUUGAUAUUCGUUUUUUACAUGUGUGUAAUUUUUAUGCAAGCAGUUUCGAAACUGGAUCGAUAAUAUGAACAAAAACAAUCCGGUUCCCAUGAAACUGUGAUUGGCUCCAGAUACUAGUUUCAACAUUUUUGUGUGUAAAAACCUUUUCUUUUGUCCUGACGACUCUUGCCAGAAUUAAAUACACGGAAAUCACAAGUGAACACUUUAAUAAUAAAAACAAAACAUUUAUUAAAUCUGCUACUGAUUGUGUAUGUAUUGUUGUUGAUAUUAUUAUUGUUAUGUUAGAAUUCUGUUCAGCACUUUUACUUUGGGCUUCUUUGUUUUAUCCCAAUAUUUAUGAGCGUAAAUGGAAGUGUAAAUAGUGUAAACAAAUGUGCCUUUUGACUCAAUCUGUACGUUUUCUACAUUUAACAGAAGGAAUAUAUUGUACUGCAAAAUAAUUUUUAACAAACAAUAAAAUUUUAAGAGUUUGUUCAAA